CUAUGUUAUAAAGAUGCUUUGUUGAGGAGUGCAUAAGGCCCGUUGAUCAACAAAGAAUAACGAAUAUACGAACUAGAGCCAAUCAAUUGCACCAAUUGCUUCGUCGUAGUGUUUUCAAAGGACACCGUAACGACCUCUCAGAUUCGCUUUAGAGUUUCUUGGCCAUGGCUCCAAGACGCCUUCUCCUCUCCCUGUUAGGGCCUUUACUUCUUCUCUCACAAAGUGCCUAUGCCCAUGGCGCACACGACGAGCAGCAAGCAGACUGGGCGACACAUCAUUUGGCUAACGAGCAUCAUAUCUCUAACUUCGACGGCGGAGCUUUCUUCCAAUUACACGAUCUCGACGACAACGGGUAUUGGGACUUCGACGAGAUAUACACGACGUAUGGGCUCAAGCACGAGAGCACCGACCACAUCACGAAAGACCGCAAGGAUGGCGUGAUCAAUGAGGUGUUAAGCCUUCUGGACCGAAACCAGGACGGGCAAGUGACUAAAGAGGAGUGGAUGGCGUUUGUCGCAGGUGGGGGAAAGCUUCCCGAUUUUAUGAUGGGGCCGGGACACCAUGGAGAUGACGAGCAUGAGUAUGAGAUUCAUCAUUGGGAGAAAUAUCAUGACGAGAAUACCAGAGAAGAAGACCUGACACAUCCGGAGGAUAUUGCGCAUUUUAAGAAGCACGACGAGAUGGAUGCAGAGGCUGAUCGGAUAGCGAAGUUGGAUAGUCAAUCCAUUGUUCUGGAUAAUAUACCACAGAAAUUCAGGAUCGCUAACUGAUGUUGGCCUGGGAGGGGGAAAGAACUGUAUAAUUUAUGUGGCAUACUUGUAAUUAUGAUGUCUAAUGUCCAAAGAGAAACCUCGAUGUUUCAAUAUAAAUGAUGUGAGGAGUAUUGAAAGGCAGGAACCGAUUAUUCUACGAUUUGGCAGCCACCUAAUGGUGGCUAAUCUACAUUUAGAUCUCAUAUUAGAGAGAGUUAUAACCUGGAUUGGCUAUCUUGGAUGAAAAACGUAAAAAACUAUAUUCCUUUAUGAUCAUAUAUGCGUACAUUUCAUAUCCGUUCCAGCGAGGACCCUAUUGGG